GCCGUCCUGCCGCUGAGAAACCGCAGUCUCGCUGCUCAGUGGCGCUUUGUUAAAGUUGUCCUCCCCCACUAACAGCCACGCUAUAGACUUUUACUUUUACAAGGUUGUGUCUUAACUCACGGAUGGUGAACUUUUCUGUGGAGUUUUUGUUGAGUAAUAAUUGCUUUGGCUGUCAAAAGGAACGUAAAGAUCCGUGUUUCCUCGAAGCUAUCAUGCUGAACACCGAGGAAAGUUCCUGGUUAGCAGGGUCUCGGCUGCCCAGCUCCAUCCCUCAGGCUCCGGGGCCUCUGUGGUGCUCCGAUGCCCCUCACCCACAGCUGAAGAUCCCGGGUGGGCGAGGGACUGUCAGGGAUCACUCUCUCGGCGUGCUACUACACAAGGAUGAGAAGUUAACAGUGACGCAGGCCGCUCCAGUGAGUGGGAACCCCUCUCUUCUCCACUUCCACUACCAGCUGAGUGAGCGCCGCUCGGCCUUCUGGGAUACGGCUCUAUCAGAGGACAGCCUUUUCCUGGAGAUCCCUGCUGGGCCGCUGGUGGAGGGGAGCAAAGAGGGGCUAACUGCUCUGCUCGAGUUUGCGGAAGAGAAGCUCAAAGUUAACUACGUGUUCCUGUGGUUCCAUAAAAACAGAGAGGAUCGAAUGUCCAUCAUCAAGACGUUCCACUACAUGGGCUUUGAGAUGGUGAAGCCGGGAAACCCCAUGGUACCGUCCCGGCCUGAUCUGGCCUUCAUGGUUUACUCUCUGGACAACAGCAGCUCAGACGAGGAGUGACUGCCACAUAAUCUCCUGACACCUCCCUCACCCACCCCACCCUACCCCACCACCUUCCACCCCCAUCCAUUUCCCUGCCUCCCCCCCCAAAAAAAACACACCCUCUACCUUUUCUAUCGCUCAAGCAAUCAAACCUGCCGCAACUCACACCCCGACACAAUCCCUCGUCACCGUCAGAAAUCCUUCAUCACUGACUGGGAGGUGUCACCCUGUCUUUUACAAACUUCUGAUUUGAAGGGGUGUUUUGGGAGUGGUUGGAUCUCCACGUGAUGCAGGCACCCCCGCCUCCCACCUUUUUCCCUUCCCCUGAGGAUAACUGCAGAUUGGAGAAACAGGGAAGGUUGAACUAAGUUGUCACAUGCGUUGUGGAAUUUGCUUUCUUUCUUUUUUUCCUGCUUGGUGGCUCCUCUUUUGGCCACGUUAUUUGUUUGUGCUGCCAUUGACAAGACAAACAACUGUUAGACAUUCAGGAGGAGGUGGUGUUUUACAUUAAAAUUCAGCAUAUCUCUCGUCUGACAGCUUCUACCUUUUAUAAGAAAAGAGACUUUAGUUUGUCCUUGUGUGCUGUAUACCAUGCAAGCUGUGUUGCUAGGGGUGAAAAGAGGGAAUUAUGGGUUUGGUAUAGUUAAUAAAAAUGUUGUUUUGCUUUAUAAUAUAGAUGGGUGAAAGCCUGGUCUGUUACCUUUAACAUUAGAGCACAUGUAAACAUUUAUUUACACUUCUUCCUGAAAUAUGUCAAGACAUCAUUCCAGCACACGUCACUCAUGUUUGGUUUUAUUUUUUCAUCUGUCCAUCUUGCCACAAAUGGGAGAAAUGCACCGCAAGUCUCUCCAGAUGUGUCAAAGCUGAGACGCAGUGUGUGAAGUUGAAUGUCUCAACGGGGGUAACGGUCUCUCUCCUGCAAUAACUCUGGUGUGAGUCGGAGAGGACGGGCUCACUAUUGUUCCACGUUGUACAUCACAUACAGACACAAGUUGAUUUUUUUUCAAGGGUAAUAAGCUGAAUAUUGUUGGUCAGGUUUAAAGCUCAACUUACUGUUAUUUUCCAUUAAUAUGUACACAUGAUGUAUAAAUCUAGUGAAGCUGUAGCUCAGGUUUGUGGCUCUUAUGUGUCGCUUCUACUUGCGAGUCACUGCAUCCAAUUUUUCAAAGAAUAAUUACCCAUCGAUCUUUGAAAAACCCAGGAGGUCGUUCAACAACACUUAACACUGAUGUGAAGAUGUCUCCGGACUCUUAAAAGACCCCUCUAACCAUCUGGAACAAAAAAUAUUCAGCUUCUCUAUGAUAAGGAAGAUUUUCAACUUGUUUCCUUGUAAACUGCGGCUAAUUUUUUUUUAAUCCAUGGUUGUCAGAAAUUGCAUUAUGUGCUAUGUAAACAAUAUAUAUUAAGAAAUAUUCAGUUAUUUUGUAUGAAGAUAUAAAAAACCAAUGGAAGAUCAAUUAAAAGAUGAUAGAACUUUAUUUUGUACACAUGGAUUGUGGACAUGAUGUCUUUUCUGGCUGCCACCUUUGAGUGUGGAAACCGUGAUGAAUCUUGUUUCUCGUGCAGCAGACUACAUCUUUUUUUAACCAGAUGGCUUCAGAAAUAACAUCAGAGGAGAGUUCUUUGUUAAAUGACAUUUCUGGGUUUUUCAAAGAUCCCUGAGUUUUUUUUUUUUUUUGGAAAAAUCGAUGCUUAUCUUGAAUGUACUAGUGACACAUGAGGCACAAACUGGUUCAGCUUCGUUCAGCCUGGUAGCGUCAGUCAGUAGUACUAUCCUGCACCGGUUGAAAGCUCGAUUGAAACGGGGCUUUUUGUGCCUAAAAGAGGAGAGUGCAAUGUUAAUAUUUUUUAACUCUUGAGUCUUAUUGAGGAAUGUGUUCAUUUCCCUUUUAUUUUUUUCAUCCCAUGCAGAUUCAGACACGUACUAUGUGAGGGAAUGAACUCUUCGUAGGGUACAACCAGAGCACUUCAGGUGAUUAACAUAUAUGCAAUUAGUUUUUGUUUUUGUUUUUUUGAGUUUUUUUCUUUCAGUUCUGUGGUUUUUAGUACUCUGAACAAAACGCCAAAGAAUCCAUUCUGUGUCUGCUGUCAAUUCAAAUCAACUUGCUUUGAAAAUUCAGCUCAUUUUAAACCUAGUGUGGUUAUGUAAAGCAAUAUUAACCUACAUUCCCCAUGCCAGCCAUACUUCACACCUCAGAGAAACAUGAUGGUAGUCUGUUCAUGUUGGGGUUGGGAUUUGGGUGGGGGCCUUUCUCUUCUUUUCUUUUUUUUUUUUCUUCUUCCUCUUCUGCAUGUGUUCAAAUCAUACAAGUCUUCAUUGCUACUGAUUGAGCCCUGACUAUAAGCUGUUAGGAAAUGUCAAUAUUUGAAUUUUCUCAGAGGUAUAUUUUUAUGUAUGUAUAUUUCUCAAAUGUUUAUUGUGAUAGUUUAGAUUUUUUUUUUUGUUUUUUUUUUUUGUUUGUUUGUUUUCAGUGACUAAUUAGCAGCCAUUCAAUGACAAUCCACAGUUGUAUAUUCUGGAAAUGUUUGUCUUUGGGGGGGAAAAACAAUAAAAAUUGAUAUCUAAA